UCACACACGCCACCCAGAGCCUGGAGCAGGAUCCCAGGGAGGGGCGUCGCGGUGGGGGCAUGGGUGCCGUGAGCUGAGUCUCCUUCAGAAACCAGAGCCAACUUGGCAGCCCUGUCGCUGUGGGAAAGGAAUACCCUUUCCUGGAGGGAGGCCAGCGUUUACUCCCUUUACAGCUGCAGCGUGCGGGGGAGGGAGGUGCCAUCCCAUACCCAUCCGUGGAGGUUUUGCAACCCAAUGAGUGAACCCUUUGGGACUCAGGGCUGAGCAGCACCUCUUCCCGGGCCCGGCCCUGCGUGGCGGCCACCUGCGAUCCAAGUGGUACCAGGCAAGUGCAGAGGAGGGCACUCACAGGGCCAGGACACUGCCCACCGGGGCCUUUACCAGGCUUUGGGGCUGCCUCCUGACCGAGCUCAACAGGCCCAGGCAGCUGCUGCCUGAGCCACCGUGGGUGUCCCAGCCGCCCAGGGAGCGACAGCCACAUUCCAGGCUCUGGGCUGGCAGGGAAGGUCGGCCGCAAGUUUCGACAGGAGACUGGCUGACGUUCAGGCACAUCGGCACUGAGAGGUUCCUCCCUUCCCCGGGAGGUCCCAGGUUGAGGAGAUGGAAGAACAGGUGUUCAAGGGGGACCCUGACACCCCUCAUUCCAUCUCCUUCUCGGGCAGUGGGUUCCUCUCCUUCUACCAGGCCGGGGCGGUGGAUGCCCUUCGGGACCUGGCCCCCCGGAUGCUGGAAACAGCCCAUCGCUUCGCUGGGACAUCAGCAGGUGCGGUGGUGGCAGCCUUGGUCAUCUGUGGGAUCGAAAUGGAUGAAUACCUUCGAGUCCUCAAUGUGGGUGUGGCCGAGGUGAAGAAGUCCUUCUUGGGUCCCUUAUCGCCGUCCUGUAAGAUGGUGCAGAUGAUGAGGCAGUUUCUGUACCGGGUCCUGCCUGAGGACUCCUACAAGGUCACCACCGGGAAGCUCCACGUGGCCCUCACCCGGUUCACGGAUGGAGAGAGUGUGGUGGUUUCAGAGUAUACGUCCAAGGAAGAGCUCAUUGAGGCCCUGUACUGCAGCUGCUUUGUCCCUGUGUACUGUGGCCUUAUUCCUCCAACUUACCGUGGCGUGCGGUACAUCGACGGGGGCUUCACCGGCAUGCAGCCCUGCUCCUUCUGGACCGACUCCAUCACCAUCUCUACCUUCAGCGGGCAGCAGGACAUCUGCCCACGGGACUGCCCCGCCAUCUUCCACGAUUUCCGCAUGUUCAACUGCUCCUUCCAGUUCUCCCUGGAGAACAUUGCCAGGAUGACCCAUGCCCUGUUCCCCCCAGACCUGAUGAUCCUCCACAAUUAUUACUACCGAGGGUACGAAGAUGCCGUUUUGUACUUGAGAAGGCUGAAUGCUGCUUAUCUUAAUUCUCCUUCCAAGAGAGUGAUUUUCCCCCGGGUAGAAGUGUACUGCCAGAUAGAACUCGCCCUUGGCAACCAGUGUCCUGAAUGCUGUCAACCGAGCCUCCAAAGAGAGCCGGCCAGUCCAAAAGAAUCCAGACAACUUCACACACAGUGGGCUCCCAAAGGGGAUGGAAGGGGUGGCCACAGUCCACCUCUGUCCCCACCCAUGCAGGCACCUGAAUCCACAUGUGACUGGCCUGUGGAGUCACCUGUUUCAUCACCUGCAUCGCCACCAGCCUCAUCAGCAUCAUGUUCUCCAACUGACUUGCCACCUGCGUCACUCCCAGCUGUGCCCUUACGCCCCAGCUCAACACCUGGGCUGUCACCUGAAUCACCAUCACAGCAGAUACAACCGGCUGAAUCACCACCCACGUCCCCACCCGCACAGGCAUCUGCAUCACCCAGGCCAUCCCUGGGGCCUUCCACUGUGGGGGCACCUCCAGUGUUGCCCCGAUAUUCUUCAGCAUCACCUGCACAGCCACCUGUGGAGGAACUGGGCCCAGAACAGCCCCAAGGUGUGGACCCUUCUGGCCUGUCUCAGCUGCCUCACAUCCGGAGCCCAUUGGCGACUCCCUUUGCCUCUUCAAAUUUGAAAAGCACCGUGCCUCUGGCUAAUGUGAAGGAAACCGCCAGCAAACCUCACGCAGUGGAGAGGCCUGCUGAAGAGUCCAACUGGGUGAGCAAGGUAUUCAAGAAGAACAAACAAAAGACAAGUGGCACCAGAAAAGGCUGCGUAAGACAUCCACGAAGCAAGAAAACAGGCAGCAAAGUGCAGUCUGCCCCCUGCCCACUUGACUUCUCUCUGACCUCCACCUCCGAGACAGUUUGGGUCGCCUACAAGCCUCAUCCCAGCUGCAUCCAGGAAUACAGCUGCCCCGAGGUGUGGAACUCCCCAGGGUGUCCCUGGGGGCCAGACACUGCCGGUCCUGUGCCAGGAUGCUGUGGUGACCUCUGAGCCCCGUCAGCCCAUCUUUCUUUCUGCCCCCACCUGCCUCUUCCUGGUCAAGGGUCAAGGCCAACACUAGCCUGUAGAAUGCCUUGUGCACCAAGAAAAGAGCACCCUCUCCUUGAGAACUUGACUGCCACCUGCUGGAAAGUUGCCGUAAUGGGCUGGGUUUUUUUGAACAAUUGAUUACUGACUGCUUGAACACUGUAUGAAUGACGUGCAGCAUCAGUACGUCUGUGAGCGCCUGCCCUUUUGGACUGGCAGUGUAUCCUUGUUCAGUGUGCAGUCCACACGACUGUACUCAGCAUACUGGAGACCCCUCUACCUCUUCCUAAAAAACCAAAUAUCAACCAGACUUUUGUAAGUCAAAAAAUAUGGCAAACACGCUUUCACCAACUCCUGCUUUGCAAAUGGAACUCUGCUUUUGCAGAAGACCACUUGUAUGACAAAGUAAACCCUUGAACUGGCUUUUGAUACAAAUUGAGAUUUCCUAUUUCCACAUAUCAAUGUGGCUAUUUGCUCAGGAUGCCCAAAGCAUAUGAAGCUGUGAGCAGUGGUCUCAGUGGAUAUAAGGGGAGGGGAGUACUAGAUUUGGGACUUGGAGAUGAUGAAUUUGUGUCCUUUUUCUAGGAAACUGUGAGCUGAGAGAGGAAACUUGAGCUGAAACGGGAGAGAACCUGAUGCCCGGGAGGCUGAACCUUCUCCUCACUGUUCUCAGACGCCCUCCUUUCACCCCAGGCCUUGCAAGGACCGGGGUCCCACCCACCACCAAGCCUGUUGGGGUAGAGGGUCCUGCUUCCCCCAGGCAAGAGCCUCCUUGUCUAAACAUCCUCCCAGCUUCCCUUGGGUCCUUCCACUACUCUGCUCUGGACAGACAGAUGGACGUCAGAACAGACAGUAAGAGAGGGCAGCACAGCCUCCUCCCAGGCAGCUGGGCUCUGAGUCCUCCUCCCAACCCGGCCUGAGUUUGCUUCUUUGAGAUCCUCGUCCUCCCCCAGGAGUUCAUCCACGGGGCAAAACUGUCGGGGGUCAGGCAGAGCUGAGCCAUGGACACCCUUUCCUGUUUCCUGCAGUGUCAAGAGACCACAUCUUCUUCUGCUAUUUGUUUUUUGUUCACACAAUACACAAAAGGCUUGACCUGGAACCAGCAGACUCCAUCUCGGCCACUCACGGGAAUCCCCUGGAGGCACUGACCUGGCCAGAAGCCUUUACCAGCUUUUACCCCGGGGAUUACUGGUGCAGCUGGGGGAGCGGG